GCAGAAGCAUCAUUGACAAGCCAACUCCGUUGCUAGGUUUUCUGAAGUUAUUUUACAUUCCGCAAUUGGCACAUUAUUAGCGAGAGCUAGCUCGCCAGAAAUCGAUAUUGCACGCGAAAUGCAGAGCUGACAAAUACCGAAUUAUCCAGUCAGUUAUUUUUUUUUUAUCAACUCCCAUCAAGUUGACAAAACGUCCUGUUUCGAUAUGGUAACUAGCUGGUCUGUACGUUAGCAAGCAAAGCUAGCUACUUUAGCCUGUUCUGCGCACAAUGGUGACUGACAUUCUCUGAAAUGUUUGAAAUAAUUUUUUUUUUUUUUGUCGUGUCAGUGAAUGACAGAUUGCUUUAACAUAUUUGGUUAUCUGAUACGUAAAAUACCUAACUAACGUUAUCCAUGCGAUGUAAAAUCUGGCAGGCGUCAGCAACGCAGCUCUGCAAUGGUUUCAGGCGUCAGCAACGCCUGGGAACACGAUCUUUGCAUAACGACAGUCUUAAUUCAUUAUUUUGUAACCUUAGCUAGCUAACAUCGGUAUGGCCUAGCUAGGCAGCCUGUCAUGUCAGUAGGACCCGUUUCACUUUUUACUCAUUUUCUAACGUUACUCAGUCACUGCAAGUGAUUUCAAAUACGGAUUGUUCAAUUAUUGAACUGGAAUCAAACUAGUUAAUUCAUUCAAUGUAACGUUAUAUCCUAUGUCUGCCCGCUCAGACUGUGGCGGAAGCUGUGUCUAAACGCAAGUACGCCUCGCAAGCAAUACAGUUUUGGAAAAAAUAUGGAACGUAACUUUAUCAGUGAAUAAUACUUUAUGACUAGCGUUCCUACACGGCCAUAUUUCCAUCUUACAUCGCUUGUUUACAGAGUCGGCGACUACCUGUGCUAAUUAGCUAUCUGCAUCGCUGAACACCUGUGUGUAACGGAAGGAUGCCACAAACGUGUAACUGAAAAAUUGUCAACUUUCAACUGUGUAAAGCUCCAACCCAAAUCUGAGCCAUGUCGUCACGCGUGCUGCUUCGGCAGCAGCUGAUGCGGGAUCAAGCCCAGGAGCAAGAGAGACGGGAGGCCCAGGAGCAGGCCUCUGUGGCUCAGCUCAGGGCAACUGACUCCACCCCUGCUAUCGCUGUCACUCUGCCCCCAAUAGCUGCUCGCCCUCUGUCCGCACAGGUGCCCGUGGAGGUUUUGAAGGUGCAGACCCACCUGGAGAACCCCACCAAGUUUCACAUCCAGCAGUCUCAGAGGCAGCAGGUGAAGCAGUAUCUCUCUGCCACCCUCUGCAAUAAGGUGGCAACUCAGACCCUGGGUGUGUCUCCCCUGGCCCUGUCUAGCUCUGCCCCUGAGAUGGAUCCCAUAGCCCGCAGUGCUCCCAACAGCUCCAUGGCUUUACACAACCUGGGAUCCAACAAAGAGGAGAUAGAUGGUGUAAUUGAUGACAUCAUCAGCCUUGAAUCAAGUUUCAGUGACGAUUUCAUGACAUUAAUUGAAUUGGGGCUACAGCUGCCUAGUACGCUCCCCGGGCACCUCCUGGAAGUGAACCAUAGUCCUGGAAUGGCAGCACCUACCCUCACUGUCAGCAUCUCCUGCCCUGCAGAUCUAACCAAUAUUAAAAGGGAAUACUCUGAUAACAAAGCGCUGGUGAAAGAGAGACAGAAGAAAGACAACCAUAACCUCAUUGAGAGGAAGCGGAGGUUUAACAUCAAUGACCGCAUAACAGAGCUGGGGUCCAUAAUACCCAAGUCAAGGGACUCGGAGAUGUGCUGGAAUAAGGGCACCAUUCUGAAGGCCUCAGUGGACUACAUCAGGAAGCUGCAGAAGGAGCAGCAGAGAGCCAAGGAGGUAGAGAUGCGUCAGAAGAAGCUGGAACAUGCUAACCACUGCUUGAUGCUGCGCAUCCAGGAGUUGGAAGUGCAGGCUCAGCUUCAUGGACUCUCUAGCCCGAUGUCCUAUGGUCUGAGUUCAGACCCCUCCCUCAUCCAGCAGCAGCACCUUCAGCAGGGAGGUCAUAUACUAGGGCCCAGAACUGGAGUGGCCUGCUCCCAAACCUUUCUCAGCCUGGGUGAUGCAGCCAUGGCACAGCCCAUCCCUACCUCCUUCCUCUCUCCACCCUCCACUGACUCCCCUGUGGGUGUGACCAUAGGCAGCCCUCUGGACCUGGGCAGUCUGAGCUUCGCUGAGCUGGAUGACCCCUCCAAUGCUGGGCUGUUCCCAGACGUGGGGUUGGGGGAUAUCCUCAUGGAUGAGGGGUGCACACUGUCCCCUGAGAGGGUGGACCCACUGUUUUUCGUGUCACCAGGUGCCUCGAAGACCAGCAGUCGUAGGAGCAGCUUCAGCAUGGAGGAGGACUUGUAAAGGGUCAUAUUGGGGUCAAGCUGAUCGAGAGAGAGAAGGGAUUUAGGGAAUGAGAGGGCUAGGGCAGGAGGAGGAGCACAGGAAAAUAAGAGCCCCCGGAGUUAAAACACUGCAUAUGGCACUGGACUCUCCUUUAAAACAAACAGCCAAUCGUUUAACGUAACAGGACUUUGAUCUGAAUCAUGCAUCAGUACAAAAUAAAUGACAAUCCUUUCCUCUCUUACCAAGUUAAUAUUGGUCCCUGAACUUAGAAAAAGAAAACAAAAACUUUUCAGUACACGAAUCAAUAGUAAUGCAAUAAUUUUCGAAUGGAAAAUAGUAAAAUUAGUAUUUGGAUAUUGACUAUGGACAUUGAUUUUUGUUCUGUUUCUUGCAAGCCUCAACUCAACCAAGAGUUCCCUGCAGAGAAAUUAAAGAGGAAAUAGUGGUGGUUUAGUCAAGUAUAUUAUUGGUCCUUAUAGAGCGUAUACUUUGUGCACUUUGUAACUUUUGUGAGAAGAAAGCAAUGAGGUUCUUGUAUCUAUUUAGUGAAAUUGGAAUGAACUACAUAACGGGUGCGCUAUUGAAUUGAGGUAUUUUUUAACUGACUUGAAUCAGGAUCUGUUAGCUUAAAGUGUUUAAGUUUAUGCCUAUUUUUACACAUCUCAGAAGGUUUGUCUAACAAAAAUGUACCAAAGUAGUAUUUAUUAAAUAUAUGGCACAUAGUGUUUGUGAUUUAAAACAAACACAUUUGAUGACCUGUAAAAACAAAAGAUAUCUAGAUUUACUGUAUCUUACAUUUACUUUCAAAGCAUGUUGUUGCGCCUUUUCCUGUUGUCUAUGCAUUUUCUUUUAACGCUUUUGUCCGUUGAAUGGUUGUACAGCUGGUCAGUAACUCAACUAAUGAUAAGCGAGAGAAGUAAAACAAAAGCUACUGCAGCUAGUCAGCCAAAGCAGGCCACCUUUCACAGAAAGAUAAUAUAUUUAAGUCAUUAUACGGGUGUGUUAUAUAGUAAAUGGAAGUAUAGCUUUAACGUAUGUUAAUCUCUGAAACACUGCAUGCUACAUGUGUGUUUGUGUUGUAAAAACAUGUACUGGGUUGUGUGCAGUAGUCUUUCUGAGAUGGUCAUUUGUGAUGAUAUGAUAAGAUUAUGUUGAAUAAGAUUUAUAUGGCUGUUCCAAGUCUAACUCUAGACAUACAGGUAAAAUGAAUCCUUAAUCCACUUUUUCCUUAGUCCUCUAAUCUGAAAAUGUGUAUGGUCAAAUGUGUAUGGUCAUGGGACUGUCUAACAUUCCCCAUGUUUUUCCCAGAGACUGAAAUCUGUAUAUGUUUAUUAUCACUCCUCUAGCCCCCAUAGUCUUUCUUUAAUUUGUAUUGACAAGCUUUUCAAAGAAAAGUACAUUCAUUACCUGUAUAUGUUUAGGGAUCUGUUUCCAUGUCUGGAACUCUGUUUUAUCUAUUGCCAUUGAUGCUUCCCAAAUGCUUCUCUUUCCUCCAUGUCAAGGAAGAUCCCUGCAGUGUACUCUCCUAACACAGGCUUUUUUUAUGGAGAUUAAAAUGUUUGAGACAAACAAUGCAAUAUCUGUCUAUCUGUUUCUAAUGCACAUUGUAGUGUUUGUUUGUGUCAAUUAAUCCCUUAAAGGAUGGGAUCCUCUAAUUUGAAUCAUUUCGAAAAAUAUAUAUUUUUGCUGUUCUGAUUUUCAGUUAUGGUUCUGCUUUUACUGGAAUGCAAACCUCUUAACAGCCUUAAAGGGAAUAUAUUGUUGUUGGACACUUUUUAUAUUUGAAUGUGUAGCUUUUUCUAUACUCAGAUAAGCAACCUGUCUAAAUCUACACUAUUGUCUGGUGUUUGUUUAUUUUAAACUAAAUAAAAAUCAGGAUAAAACAUU